AUGACAACGCCACAAGUGCAAGGAAUGACUCCCCCGCAAGCGGAAGAGCUGAAUCCACUCCAAUUUGAAGGAAUGACUCCACAACAAAUGGAAGAAAGGAUUAGACAACUUGAGAGAGAAUUGAGCCAAGUGAGAGAAACGCCACAAGGAAAUGACUCGACACAAGGGGAAGUGAUUCGUCAACAAAGUGAAAUGAUUGCACGACUUAAUGAAAUGACUCGAAGACAAGGGGAAAUGAUUACACGGCUUAAUGAAACGACUCGUCAACAAGGAGAAGUGAUUGCACGACUUAAUGAAGAGACUCGUCAACAAGCGGAAAUGAUUGCACGACUUAAUGAAGCGAAUAGUCAACAAAGGGAAGUGAUUACACCUCGAAUUGCAACUAGGCCCCGGAUUCUGGAAACCUGGAUGCGAGCACGUGAAUUUGCUGUAGCUUUCCUUUGUCUACUGAGACUCGUGUUCUCCACGGAUGCCGAGAUUAAUAUUUCGAUUUAUCUCUGGAUCGGUUUUGCAUUGGUUUAUGUGUGGCUUAUCAAAAAUCGGAUACUUUCCGUAUACGCUUCCUAUCAGCAUAAAGCGCCAUUGAAGUACAGCUUAUCUUCUGCUUCCGCUUGCUUUGGGACAUGUCUUCUCGCUUUCUAUUUCUACCGCCAAUCGCAGAAUCUAACCAUAUCACAAAUUCUUCAUUUAUGUGUGUUAGCAAUUAACGGCAGCAUGUUGGAAACAGUUCUGCAUCAUAAUUUACUUGUGAAUGGAGUGACCAGAGAUGGCUUGAAACUCUGGACCACAGUUCAUUAA